UCAAAAUAACGUCUGUUGCCGUUCGGUCGUGGAAACAUUUUGCACUUCUGCUACUUAGUAUUGCCAGCAACUAAUUGCUUCAUGACGAGUUUGGUUUGCGGUUUUGAGGAGCAGUAAACCGCGGUCAAAUCGGUCUUUCAUCGCGUACUACCGUCGGAGUGAGUUAAUCAGUCGAGGGAACCGCACAUUGAGGUGUGCAAUUUUGGUGCCACUGCAGCCGUCCAAUUAGUGUUUCCUCUCGUUAACAGGGAACGGAUCAAGGCUAUUUAUUCGACGUUCUGAAGCCUUCAACGCUAAAUACCUCAAGAAGUGGAAUAAGUGAGCAAAAAUGGGUGCCUUGAAGAAAAUGACACGCUGUGGAAGUAUAAGUACACUGUUCGCGGUUCUGAUAGUGCUCUUUGGCGUCAGCUCAUCAGCUCUGACUACUUUCGGCAAGUCCAACACACAGAAUCAGGCUCCGCUGACAACGCGGGCACCAGUGAUAGCCAAAGAAUGUGUCAACCAUGCGGACUGUGCCACGAUAGUUGCUACUAGCUGCGUGCAAGCCGCGGACGGAAAAAUGCGCUGUCUUUGCGGAGACUUUGAGGCACCCGAGAAUGGAUACUGCAAGGCCAAAUACAAAGGUCUUAACCACCUCUGCACCGACACCCUGCAGUGCGACAUUGGAAUGAUUUGCGCGAUAAAGAACAUUACCAAAACUACCACGCUAGUGACCAGUAAAACCUUUAUGACCAGUAACAUGCUGCAUAACAACAACACCAACUAUAAGAUGUGCCUGUGUGAUAAGGAGAUUGGAUACGUCGAGGAUAAGCAUGACUACCGCCACUGUAGUGGCGCUAUUGCUGCGAUCUUUUCCUCGCCCCUGCUGAUACCAAUGCUGACCGCUGUCUUCGGCUGUACGAUACUCCGGAAAUUAAGCAACUACUGGCUUGUCGACAUAUAAACUCGAUUUUCGAUUGAUGCUCUGAAUCCGCUUUUAUAUUACGCAAUAUAACACACAAAUUUAGCUUUAGGAUAAGCUCUUCGCUAAGUAUAAUUGUGAUUGCUAACUCAUGUGCUAACACAGAUGAUAAAAAAAAACAAGCUUAGUGCAAGUAUUUUGCCUUGAAAUGGACCGAAUUUCCUCUCUCGUAUAUGAAACAAAUCAUGCCUUUAUGUGAUCUACGUCUGCACCAUCCAAAAAUACGAAAAACAUAUUGCAAGUACUAGACAGUAAGAUUAAAUCGAGCGCCAAGCUGUGUGUAUUUUUCAAGUAUCUUAGAUCAUAGUGAAUAAAAAUCAUAGAUAUUUUUAAUGUCGCUUUUCUACUGUAGUGCAAAAAAAAAUGACAAGGCAAUUCAUAUUUGUACUGAUCUGCACAUUAUUCGGAUUGAGAAACAUAUCAAAAUUCUUUUAUAGUAAGACGAGAAAAAAUAGGCUAAGAACAAGACGUACUUUAUUAUCCCUAAAGUAACAUUUCAAAUUAAAAAAAGCUCUCGUUUGGUUUCGUUCGAGUAGCACAUUCGAUUGAAUCAAAAAUUAGGAUAGUGCAUCUUCUGUAAUUCAGAUUAUCAUAAACAUAUUUCCUAAAUAUUGUGGCUUUGUGUAGAUAAUCGAAAAAAAAUCAAGAAAAUCACAUAAAAAUAAAUCUACGAUAAAAUUCAUUCAUCAGUUUAGCAUUUUAGACUCUAUUUAUUAUACGAGAUAGAAUUAUACAUAAUUCAAAUAAAAUUUAAAAUAAAACAUUGGA